CAUAUUGUGUCGCUUUUACUUGUUUCUUCCACACGUCUAGACUUGUGGACAAGAAUACAUAUUGUGUCAUUUUACCUGUUUCUUCCACACGUCUGGACUUGUGGGCAAGAUAUAUAUUUUGUCCUUUUACCUGUUUCUUCCACACGUCUAGACUUGUGGAUUGUUCUGAUUGGAUUCCUCCUUUCCGGUUGGAUUCCAUGUAUUUCUUCCAGACGUCCAGACUCUCCACAUGUAUUUCUUCCACUUGUGGAGUUGUAAUGAUAUUGACUGAUCGAAACCCAUUUCACCCGACUUUCUUUUUCAUUACCCAACUUUCUUUUUCAUCCCUUGGCCUUGGAGAAGCUAGAAGGUGCAGUAACAAGUCAAGUCAAGUGAAUAAGUGGCCACUCGAGUUAUUUGUAAAAGGCAACUUUAUAUUUGUAUAUAUAUACACUUGCAGUGUUGCAAUCUUCUUCCAAAUUAAUUUCCGUUAACAGAGCGUAAAUACUUUUUCUUUCAUUGUUGUUGAGAUGCAGGGCGAGGGAAUUAUGUGCUUCAAACUAUUUCAUGCUUCAAUAUUUGCUGUGCUAAUUAUGUUACAAUGUUGCAACCAUUCCCUAUCCAUGGAUUUCAGUAAUAUUUCUUCUGGAGUAGUUGGCCACAGGGAUAUUGCUAAGGUGCCCAAGGUGAUCAGGUGCAUACAGAGAGAAAGGGAAGCACUCCUUGCUUUCAAACGAGGCCUUGUGGUUGAUUACAGUCUCCUCUCUUCCUGGGGAAGCGAAGCCCAAAAACAAGAGUGUUGCAUAUGGGAAGGAGUCUACUGCGACAAAUAUACCGGCCAUGUUGUCAAACUUGAUCCCCGUGUAGCUCUUGGUGGUCGAUUAUCAAGUCAGGUUGGAAACCUUACCCACUUGCAAUAUCUCGAUCUCAGCGACAAUGACUUUGCUAGUGUUGAAAAUCUUAAUUCAUGGCUCCCUCGCCUUUCAUCGUUAACCUAUUUGGAUCUCAGUGGGAGCAAUCUCAGUAAUUCUUAUGACUGGCUGGAAGCAAUUAAUAUGCUCCCUAAACUUACAAACUUGUCAUUGGCUGGAUGUGGUCUUCCUUCUCCUCUUAUUCAUUCCAGUACUCUUUUUAACAUAAAUUCUUCUAAGUCUCUUGCUCAUGUUGACCUCUCUUCCAACCAACUUACUUCUUCAAUAUUUUUAUGGUUGUCAAACUACAGUACCAACCUUGUUAUUCUCAAACUCUCUUACAACCAAUUAACUGGUUCGAUUCCCCAUGUUUUAGGACACAUGAGCUCUCUUGCGUAUCUUUAUCUCUCUCUGAUAACCAAAUUGAAGGAGGGAUUCCGAAAUCUUUUUCCAGGUUAUGUAAUCUGCAACGAUUGUUCCUUUACAACAACACUUUGGAAGGGUUGGUUUCAGAGAGCCAUUUCUCCAAUCUCUCCAGAUUAACUCAUUUGGAUUUGUCCUCCAACUCACUAGCUUUAAGCUUCAAUUCUAAUUGGGUUCCUCCUUUCCAAUUGGAUUACAUAGCAUUGGGCUCUUGCAAGAUGGGUCCACAUUUUCCCAAAUGGCUUCAAACUCAAAAAAAUUAUCAGAUUCUUGAAAUUUCUAAUACAGGAAUUUCUGAUAUCCUUCCAAGUUGGUUUUGGGACGGGGCUGUCUCAUUAUCCAGAAGAAGAUUAUUUAUAUAUAGAUGUCUCCAACAACCAAAUUAGAGGAAUAAUACCUGACUCAGGAUUUGAGUUUCCCUCAUCUUUCAUUAUUCGAGUGAAUUUGAGUAGGAACCAAUUGGAAGGUCCGAUCCCUUCAUUCCUUUCCAAAGUGUCGUUUCUCGAUCUCUCCAACAAUAAGUUUUCAGGGUUAAUUUCUUUCUUGUGCCCAGACAAGGUUAGUAAUUUAACCUAUCUUGAUCUCUCAAACAACAAUUUACACAUACAAAUUCCUAAUUGCUGGACAAAUUUUGCAAAUCUAGCCAUUCUUGAUUUGAGUAACAAUGCUCUUUUUGGAAAAAUUCCUACCACAAUGGGCUCUUUAUUUUCAAUUCAUACAUUGAAGCUGAAUAAGAAUAGAUUUGUGGGAGAAUUGCCUUCAUCCUUAAAGAAUUGGACAAGGCUCGUAGUCUUUGAUGUUGGACACAAUAAUUUAUCAGGAAUGUUACCUAAAUGGUUAGGGGUUGAACUUCCAAAGUUGGCUAUCCUUAUCCUCCGUUCUAAUCACUUUUAUGGAAACAUUCCCCUGCACUUAUGUAAUCUAAAACAGAUUCAAAUCCUAGAUCUCUCGAUAAACAAUAUCUCUGGAAGUAUACCCAAAUGCUUCAGCAAUUUGACUAAAUUGACAGAAAUAGGAAAUUCAAAUCUAACUGUCCAUCUUGAGUUUGGCGGUACCAACAGCAAGUUUUCCUGGCGCAGCGUUUAUGAAGAUGAAACAUCCUUGAUAUGGAAAGGCAUAAUGUCCAAAUACAAAAGUACUUUGGGGCUUGUAAAGAGUAUUCAUCUAUCGAGCAAUCAAUUAACUGGGGAGAUUCCUAAUGAAAUCGCUGAUCUUGUUGGGUUGGUUUCUUUAAACUUGUCGAGAAACAAUUUAACAGGUCAAAUAACUCCAGAGAUCGGGAAAUUGCAGUCAUUAGAUUCGCUUGAUUUGUCAAACAACCAAAUACAUGGUACAAUUCCAACAAGUCUUUUUCAAAUAUCUGGCCUUGGUAAGUUGGACCUGUCAAACAACAACCUGUUUGGAAGAAUUCCAAUGGGGACUCGGCUCCAAAACUAUGAUCCCUCUGCUUUUGCUGGGAAUCCUCUACUUUGUGGAAUUCCACUUCAACAGUUGUGCUCUCUAGAGGAAACAAGUCCAGAGGAGCCACCCGUGUUUAGGGAUCAAGUUGAAGACAAUGAUGGGUUUAUAACACUGGGAUUUUUUGUGAGUUUGGCACUUGGGUUUGUUGUUGGAUUUUGGGGAGUUGUGGGAGUUUAAUGUUCAUCAGGUCAUGGAGAUACAUAUACUUCAAGCUCUUGAACUGUGUAUACGACUGGCUUUAUGUGAGGGUGGCGUUGAUUAGGCGAUGAAGAAUGGUUUAUGGGUAAAUUCUCGUGCAUCUACCGUUCGCAAGCCAUGCUCCCCUUCAGCCGGAGAAGGAGAUAGAAGAGUGCAAUUAGAAGUUAUGAUUUGGUGAAAGUGUUGUGCUUGAUUUAGGGGCGUGUUUGUUUUUGCAAUGAUGUUAUUCAGAUUAUCUUUGAGGGGUUAAUUUAAUUAGGUCCCUUUAAUCCCCUUUUACUUAGUGUUAUCAUUUUAUUAUUAAAUUUUCUUGAGAAACUUGCAGAAACUUAUUAAUCAAAGCUACAAAGAGAAAAGCAGACAUAUAGUUCAAUCAAGAUUUGAUACAUUAACCCUAAGAACAUCCCAGCACCGGUCUUUCAAUAUCUUCGUUAAAAACCAAAUCUUGACAAGAUUAGAUUCGGCCAGCGACCAUCUGGUUUUUCUACAUGUAUACCUGCGUUGUAAUAUCCGAUCCUAUUUUCUUUAGUUGCUUGCAUUUAUUAUAUAAAAUCCUGCAUUUUCAGUCGUUCA